AGGUGCCAGAAGGGCAAGGAUACAUUUCUGUUACUACGGAUUAUGCGUCUGUGGAAAAAGUUGCGCACCAGAUGCAGCUCGGAGGAGAUUCUUAUAUCUAUUACAUUAAUACAUUGCUCAGCGAGAACAAGUGGAUAAACUUGGAGGAGCAAGUCACGCCUGCUCAUGCGGUCAGUCGGCCCACGAGAAGGACCUACGAAAAAGGCGAAUGGAUAACGCGUACACCCAUCUCCGCCGACGACAUUGUUGCAUUCGAGGUUCGAAAACCGGAUCUCACCAGGGCUGAAUGGUCUGUUACUGGUGGAAGGCUGCGUGGUCAGAAUCGAAAGUACAACUUUGCAAGAUUGGGCACCCCGCAUGAUUGCACUCGCAACAAGAAUGACAUUAUCCGCUGAGUUUGCAUAGUUGGUCCAGGCCUUUGAUGCUCGCGCCGAUACAUGGUGAGCUACCUCGGGAUUUUGAAUACGGCCUGGACCAUGUGUCAAGCUCUUUUUAGUGCUCCUCAAAAUAUUCUCCUUAUCUUUCAUGUGUUUUCUGCAACGGCCUUUUUACGCCAGCAAAUUUACUGCCUAUGGAUACGGUCUCAAAAGGGGGAAGGGGGACAUCAAAACACUUCUGGAAAC